UCGACGGUGGAUCGAUCGUCGACCCAUGCGAUCCAGACCUACCUGUACUCACGUACUCUGUGCGAUAGGGAUCCGGGGACCAGCGCGCGAGUUCGCCGACAGUUCCGUACAGUUGUUGAGGUAUACCGACGACGAAGUGCCAAUGACUUCUGGGUGACGAUUGUGGAACAAUCGAAAAGUGAUCACGACAGACAACUGCGAUGCGAAGGUGAUACUUUGGGAGUUUAUUCGAGAGACGAUCACGUCGGUUGAAUUUGAACAUUGUGAUACCGAUAACGAUUCAAGAGACGGCAAAUGAUAAAAGAUUGUUUUUGAAGGAUUACAUCGAGAUAACAUUGUAAGCGAUUGACAAGUGCCUUAAAUAUCGAAAACUGGACUGGAAACCGUUAAUUAACAUUGGAAUUUAUUUAAACCGAUAUUGAGACGAUCCUAUCGUCGGUGCGAUACAAACGUUCCGAUCGAUAUUCGACGCCCGUUGUGAUCAGGUAGUCUUAACGUGUCAGCUGACUUAUCGAUUUCUACGAAGCUCUUUUUCUCAGCUGAUCCUAUUUCUACAAUACUCGCAGCAAGCUCUCGGCAAGUUGGCUUGUUAUUAUCGCGGUGAUGACAAUUUUUGCUAUUAUUAUUAUUAUUAUUAUUAUUAUUAUUCAUACCAAACCCACGUGGACGUGCUUGGUGACGAAUUGAAAAACGAUCGAAAAUAAAAACUUGUUCGCCAGAGUGAGCGCAACGGCGAGAACUUCUUGAGUGUUUGAAAAACUUCAAAAUGCUUUUUAAAGGCAACAGCUCGCGGCUGGAGUUGUUGAUAGGAAAAAUUCAAGCGCACAAGGAACCGUCACAGGAAGAGCAACGAUUUCACAAGUCUAAAGAGGCCUUAGGAACCGGAAGUUCCUCGUGGCAUAGCGAGGAUGGUGGACCGAACUCGCGCCGCGGUGGCGAGACACCGUCUUCCUGCGCGACACCGACGUCAGCGAGUUUCCCGUCGGAACCUGAAGUCGAUGCUGACGGCAGUGUCAAUCCCGAGACCAACAACCCCGCCGCCCCCUAUCCCUGUCAGUUCUGCGACAGAACGUUUCCGCGACUCAGCUAUUUGAAGAAGCACGAACAGAGCCACGGCGAUCAGAUGCCGUACCGAUGCAAUUGGUGCGCCAGAUUGUUCAAGCACAAGCGUAGUCGCGAUCGUCACAUAAAGCUGCACACCGGGGACAAGAGAUAUCGUUGCGUACAAUGCGAAGCCGCAUUUUCCAGAAGUGACCAUUUGAAAAUUCAUAUGAAAACGCACGACACCCAGAAACCUUACCAGUGCACAGCCUGUUCGAGAGGCUACAACACAGCCGCGGCCUUGACGUCGCACAUGCAAUCCCACAAGAAGCAUCAUCAGUCAUCCUCCCAGUCGACCGGCAAGCUUCACGACGUCGACUACGGCAGAAGAAGCGUGUCCUCGCACAGCACGUCGUCGCCACCGAUACCAUCGUCGCCGUCGCCAUCGCUGAAUCUCAGUCUGAACACGAGGAACGUUCUGAAGACGUCGCAGAGCAGUGCCUCCACCACGCCCGUUCUCAGCUCGCCGCUAAAGCUCGCUUGCAUGUACUGCACGCGGGACUCGUUCAGUUGCAUGCAACAGCUGCAGAUGCACGUGCACACGAUGCACCAGGCGAUUCUGAGCGGCGCGGAGGAUUUGGCGCGACCGCCGUCACCGAGCAGACCGCCGAGCGAGCAACGGACAACCGUCUGCAAACCGUUGGAACACCAAGACAGUUCGAAGAGCUCGCGUUCGGACCGAAAAUAUCCGGUCGAAGAUCGGAACGAGAGACCCAACGAACGUGAUCACUAUGAAAACGCGUUUACCUGCAACCAGUGCACCAUGAAGUUCUCCACGCUGGCCUGCCUGCGCGAUCACUUGCUGUCGACUCACCGACACGACACCGUUUACGGCGCGGCAAUCAUGAUGUGCCCGCUGUGCGGUAUUCCAUGUCCCACGCCGACCAAUUACGCCGAGCACUACGUUCUUCAGCACUGCGAGAACCGUCGACCUGCGCCGCCUACCGUCAUGGAUUACGGGGAAACGAAGCUGAACGGCGUUUAUGACAGUACGGCGAGAGACUCCAGAGUGUCGCGAAGUAGAGACGCGCCGGAAGCGGCGGAUCUCACAAAUAAGCACGCGACUAGAUCUACUUCGGAUACUGCCGGUGGAUACACCGCUGGUACCCUGCUGUGCGGCCAAUGCGGCGCCGCCUUGAAGGACUUUGAAUCAUUUCGCGAGCACGUAGCGCGUCACUUGCAGGCUGAUCAACGUAAUCAGGAAGUAUCCAACCGGCAACAUCCGUGUCCCAAGUGCGAAGCCGUCUUUCCGAAUCGCGAGGACAUGCUGGCUCAUCUGACCAAGCACUACCUGGGCCAGCUCAGCAAGGAGUACGCGUGCGGCGCGUGCAAGAAGCUCUAUCCGCAUCCGGACCAGCUUCAGAGGCAUCUGUUAGAUGUGCACGCACAUCAUUUAUACCGUUGCGCGCUUUGCCGGGACACUUUCGACUCUCGAGUGGCGAUACAGGUGCACUUCGCGGUGAAGCACAGCCAGGAGUGUCGGAUCUAUCGGUGCAGUGCGUGUACUUUGUCAAAUAAUGAAAACUCGCCGCCUGGAACGAACUCGGCGGCUAACGACGAUAGGAGCUACUUCAGGAGCGAGGCCGAGAUGGCCGCGCACGUGCGCAGCGUGCACGCACCUCCGCUCACCGCGUCCCUGAUGAGCAGCAGUCCAGUGGGAGCUGCGAGGAGCCCGGCUUCAACGCCCGGUGGUGUUCCACGCUGCGUCUUCUGCGGAAUCUGCUGCAAUUCGGAUUUAGAGCUUCAGCUUCAUCUGGCCAGUCACUCGACAAAUCUCUACAGAUGUCCUGUCUGCAGAGAGGGCUUUGCGGUGGAGUUUCUGCUGGACCGGCACGUUGCUCAGGCUCAUCACGCGACGACUCAGGAACAUCAAGUGUCAUCCGUCAGAAGUAGUUCAAGGGAGAACGGUCGUGUUCAUCGACCGGCCAGAAAUCAGGAAGAAACGAAGUCCUUGAAGAGAGGCCGUUCGCCAGCGUCGAGUAACAACAAUUCCCUGAAUCAGCGUGACAAUAACAAUAAACGUCCAGCUUACGGUACUUCAGGCGGUCAACAGUGUGAACUCUGCGAACGCGGCGAGUUCGCGAACGAAGCCGAGCUGCAGGCGCACAAGAAACUCGCGCACACACCCGCCAAACUAUCUAGCAAGAGUCUAUCAGCCCUGAGCAUGACGUGUGGUUAUUGCGGCGAAGUCUGUCGCUCGCGGAGCGAGUUGGAGUCGCACACGAGGAUUCAGCACGCGUCCAGCGAGCCUGGCGGACGUCACAAAUGCAACAUUUGCGACGAGGUGUGUCCGUCCGGCGCGAGCCUGGCCGAACACAAAUUGCAGAAACAUUGCAAGAUCCAAUUGAGCAAUACAUGCGUUGUGUGUCGUGGCUGUCUGACCACGGAAAGCCAAUUCCUGGACCACGUGCAGAGACACAGUCUAGAGAACGUGGAUCCGCAGCAACGACUCGAUAAUUCUCUGUCUCACUUGCCCGCAGCGUGCGUCGUCUGUCGACAAACGUUGAUUAGCGAUCUGGAAUGCCGUCUGCACGCGAGGCAUCAUCUGCGAAAUUCUUCAGGAUCACGCAGCGCUGGUUCCAGUCCGACCAGUCCCGGAAAAGGACAGAGUCAGAGCUGCUGUCUUUGCCUGCGAGAUUUCGCAAUCGAGGACUUCGUCAGUUUGCCGCCCAAUCCCGCCAGUACAAGCGGACAGCCGGUCAGAGUUUGCAAACCCUGUUACAUGCGACAUUCUCAGGGCUUGCCUAUUUUAAAUUCGACUUAUGAGCAACGAGCCAAGUACGAAGUGCCCUGGCUCGCCAAGGACGGUCAGUGGGACGGCUCUAAGGACAAGUGGGAACAUGAUAGAAGACUUAAGGUAGAAGAUCAAUCUAGGAAUGAAGUAAAUGCAGAAAAAAAACGGUGUGAAGAGUGCGGGGUAAAGUUUGAAGAUCCUGAAGAGGCGGAAAAACAUAGGAUCGCUGAACACGAAAAAUCUAACGGUGAUGGCUCGAAUUCCUACUCUUGUAUACAAUGUCAGAUGUCCUUUCCCAGCGAAGCGCUGAUUCAGCAACACGUGAGGAAAGAGCACCUUGAAACUUCCGGAAAACCGACCUUGGAAGCUUUACGAUGUCAUUUGUGCUUGUUCGAAGCCGCCAAUCCUAUGCAGUUGCAGAUUCAUUUGAUAGAACACACUUUCGCUGGCUGUGCCGCCCUUAGUUGUUACAUUUGUCAGUCGCUCUUUACAACUCCCGUUGGCCUUCAGAAUCACAUGCUGCAGGAGCACGGGCUGGGCGCUCGACCGUACGAUUGCUCCAAGUGCACGCUCAAGUUCUUCUUUAGAGCGGAGCUGGAUCAUCACGUGUUAACUUUCCAUCGUCCGGGAGAGGAAACACUUUCGUCGCCACCUGAGAACGUUCGCGAGGCGAAAAAUUGCGAGCCUGAAGAGCGCAACUGCGACAACGGGGUGACGAUAAAGAAAGAAGUGAUACAAGGCGGUGAGGAAGAGGAGGACGAGGAAGUGAACGUGGAUCAAGUGGGGCAUGAAGAGCACGAGGAAGCUAAAACACGAGAAGAGCAGAAGCUGAAGACGGAAGCGGACAACGAGACGACUUCCGGCAAAACGGAGUCGUGACUUUCUUCGGUGAUUAGAUCUCGUUCCACUGUGAAAUUAAUCGAUUGGUAGAAACUUGUUUUGGCGAAUUAUUGUUUGUUGCUUUCAGUUUAGUUUGUUGAUUCAGCCUUUCAAAGACCUUUACGAAUAUCGUGCGAAUAUUCGUGUUUUUUUUUCAGUGUUUUUUCUUUUCUACGAAUGAAUGUACGAAUUUAAGAAACAGCACUGAUAAAGAUACAAUACGAUAUUGGAAAUUUGCUUAAGGUGUUGUAUCCCUAGAAAGGACUAUCUGAAUGCAAAUAUUGAAAAACCAAUUGAGCAGACAAGAAAACAAUGUGGAAGAGAUAAAAAUCUUUUAGGAGAUUGCCAUGUGUGUGGUCUCUCCAUUAUUAUUGAUUUUAUAAAUUUCUUCAAAAUGAGAUGAUUCGUUGAUUUGAAAACAAUGCCGACGUAACAUUCGUUACAGUAUUAAUUAGAGGAAUAUUAUCGAGGAAGAUUGCCAUUUGCGUAUAUUUAUAUUCCAGAUGGUUAGUUUUUUACACAUUGAUAUUACAAUUUCGAUGUAAGGUUGUACGACGCAUUCCUCAGGCAGAGAAGAAAGGUUGUUGGUUUUUCAUUUAUCUUAUUGAUUGCUAUAAAUUGCAAGUUUAAAAAGUUGAAUACUCACGUUUCUGAAAAAAAACGUAUAUAGUAGUUUUGUUCGCGUUAAGUUUGUUAAAAAAAAUAAAUAAAUAAAUAUUCGGUGUUUAUUUUAAGAGCAAGAAUGUUCAAUAUUAUUGUAUAAU